AGUCUGAAUUGAGUCGCGAUAUGAAGAUGUUACUCAUAGUCCGUGCAGUCGCGAUUUUGGGCCUUUUCAAGUGGAUAAAAUAUCAAUAAAUUUCCCAUUUUUUUCACAAUGAAAAUCUCAUUGAAACCUCCUGUGUGUGAAUAAGGAAAAGAAACCGAAAGUGAUUGCUAAACAGUGCAAGUUACUUCAUCAAUGAGGAAAAUCAAUUUCCAAGUGAAUGAAAAUUGUACGAGAUAGGCAGGAAAAUUGUGUCACUCUUUUUCACACACAAGCGCAUUUUAUUGAUAAUUCUGUCGCGCGAAUUUUUUAUGUUUUACUAUUGACAUUGCGUGCGGUGCUCCAUAAAUUAGCAUUAUCAAUUUUCAAACACUUUCCUCAAUUUACAAUGAAGAAUUAAUUUUGCGUUUGCAUGUGAAUCACCGACCUCUGAUUCUUUAAAAAAAAAAAUAAUAAUAAAUUUUAUUGGAAGCAAAUUUGUUUAGUCACUGCUUCAGGCACUUUUUUACACGCUCAACGCAUAGAACUUGUUUGUAGUUACUCUCGUGAUCAUUAUAGACAGAAAAAACAGGGAAGUUACAAGAAGAUUGAGUAGAAAGACCAACACAAGAAGUGAUUGUUGUGAAGUUCUCAAAGUGCUCGAAGUGAAAAAGAAAAUUAAAAGUAUUCCAAAUGGAGGAAAAUGUGAGGAAAAGUGAAAGAUCACUUUCAAUUUCAUCCCGGAUUUCCAAUGGGAUUGCCAACUUCUUCUACAGGUUGGGCUUCUUAGUAGCCUCUUAUCCGUGGCGCACAAUCAUCCUUACUUGGGUGUCGGUGCUUCUCUGUAGCCUGGGUUUUAUCCGUUUUCACACAGAACGUGAUCCCAUGAAGCUAUGGAUUCCGAGAGAAUCUAAAUUUCUAAAAGAUACGCAAUGGCUGGUAAAAUCCUUCGAGGAAGGAUUUCGUAUGGAAUUGGCACUGGUGACAGCUCCAGAUGUCCUGGAACCUUCAGUCCUGCUAAAGUUGGCUGAUAUCUCAGAUGCAGUGUCGCAUAUUAAACCAUUUAUGCCCAAUGGAACCCAACUAGGGUGGCAAGAAAUGUGCUUCAAAGUUCCUUACAUUGCUGAAUACACCAAGGAAGAGAAUCGUCAGAAAAGGGACAUCAAUCUUCCGGACAAUGAAGAAGGAUUAGAUUUUAAUUUUAACGAUGAUUUCUUCAAUUUGGACAAUCAGGAUCCACCAGCAAAGACUCCUGCGAGAAAAUUCAAUCCUAGCGUCGAUUUAUCGCCCUCAAUUUACUGCCCACUAAUUAACGCCAUUCCACUUGGUUGCUACCAACAAAAUCUCCUGGAAUUGUGGAAGUUCGACAGGGAGAAAAUUGCCAAUCUGACAAAAGAGGAUAUCCUCUUUGCAGUGAAUACCGCCACUGUUAGUCCUUAUACGGGUCACUUGACCAACUUCUCAGACCUCCUUGGGGGAGUUGAGCUGAACUCCACAGGACACAUUGUAAGCGCCAAAGGAAUCAUAAGUCGAUGGUUCCUCUACAUGGACUAUCGCAAAUUAAAUCCAAAUGAACAGGGCAAUUUGGCGGGAACUGGAGAGUGGGCAACGGAAGAUACUCUCAUCUGGGAAGAGGAAUUCAUUCGUGUUCUCGACAUCUUGGACAGGAAUCUCACAUCAAAGGAUUUUGGUGUAUUUUAUAUGACGGAGAAGAGCUUUGGCGACAUCAGUGGUGCUUCCAUGUUCCAGGACAUGGAUAAAUUACUAAUAGGAAUGAUAAUUGUCUUCAUCUACAUGCAGAGUGUUUUAUCAAAGUUCAGCUGGAUCGAAUUAAGAUUGAUGCUUGGAAGUGUCGGCCUUCUUAGUGUUGGAAUGGCUUUCAUCUCCGGAAGUGGAAUUUGUUCCCUUCUGGGUGUUCCAUACGGUCCAGUCCACACAUCUCUACCAUUCCUACUUUUGGGUCUUGGCGUUGAUGACAUGUUCGUCAUGAUGGCGUGCUGGAGAAAGGUGCAGAAAGUCGACAACGCCAAGGAACUCACUCUGCCCGAUCGUAUAGGGCUCAUGCUACGGCACGCUGGUGCUUCAAUCACCGUCACGUCCUUGACAGACAUUGUGGCCUUCCUCGUGGGCUCAACAACUGUUCUCCCUUCACUCCAAUCUUUCUGUAUUUACGCCUCAGUGGGGAUCUUUAUGACAUACCUCUACGCUGUAACCUUCUUCGUGGCCAUUUUCACUCUCGACGAGCGUAGAAUAGCAGCCCGAAGGAAUGCUGUCCUGCCGUGUAUUGUUCACUCACAGGAACGAGAAAAAUUAUGCUGCGAACAGCGCCUGAUGCAGCGAAGUAUUAAAGCCAUCUAUUCACGUUUCAUCCUCACAAAACCUGGAAAGAUUGUUGUGCUAAUGACGGUGAUUGGGCUUACGGGCCUCAGUACGGAGAGUCUCAUGCGUCUUGAGCAGAAAUUCGAUCCAAUGUGGUUUGUUCCGAGUGAGACGCACCUGGGAAAAUUUGUUCCACAACGGAAUAAGUUGUUCCCCACUAUGGGCUUCGAGGGUGGAAUGUUUGUUGGACAGGUGAACUACAGUUCUGACUUUAGCACCAUCUACGGAAUGAGCACGACAGUCAAGAAUCAAUCAGAUAUCCUGUACAACGUAAAUUCCUGGGUAGAACCCUUUUACGACUUUGUAAAGACGUACUACGACAAGGAUCUCUUCAGGGAUACUGUGUCAGACUACGAAUGGCGACUCUAUCUCUCAAAAUUCCUCUUCAGUCACGACGGUGGACGCUUUCAGGCAAACUUUCGCUUUGAGAAGAAGUUAGAAUGUGGCCAGGCAGCUCCACCUAUUAAGGUCUCCAGCUUUGAUUUCAAAUUCCAGAAAUUCUUUCAUAGAGAUCAGUACGUUCCUGCCAUGCGGAGAGUCCUGGAAAUUGCUGAAACAGCAAAUUUAACAACCGGAGAUAAAUUUGCAACAUCCUGGUCCAAGAUGUUUGGGAACUGGAUCACAGAUGAGAUCAUAGACGCUGAAGUUCUACGAAACAUUGCACUAGCUCUGCUCUGUGUGAUGAUCUGCACAGCGAUACUCAUUGUAAACUUCCAGAUCUGCUUUUGGAUCUUCAUCUGUGUUCUCUUGACCCUAAUCAACGUGUGUGGAUUUAUGCAACGCUGGGGACUGACAAUUGAUCUCGUGAGUUGCAUUGCUCUUCAGCUUGCCGUUGGCUUAUGCGUGGACUACGCUGCUCACAUUGGUCACAGCUUCCUCACGUUCUCUGGCACACGGAAUCAUCGUACUCUCAGUACCCUCCUACACAUCGGAGAGGCUGUCAUGUAUGGAGGAGGAUCAACCUUAUUGGCUCUAUCACUCCUUGCCACCUCCAAGGCCUACACCUUUCAAGCCUUCUUUAAGAUCUUCCUCCUUGUCAUCAUUUUCGGUCUCUUCCACGGGAUUGUCUUUCUUCCCGUAAUUCUCAGUAUCGUCGGCCCAGCGCCAUACGUUCAAACCCAACGACCAACAAUUGUUGCAAAUGGAAAUUGCGUGGAGGAAGAAAUGAACUCCAUGAUCAAGCGUGAUCGCACACAGGAUGCUCCCAACGAAGGGGCUCAACUCAAGACUCAAGAAUAAACGUAAAACAAGCACACAUUGACUACACAACACACACAACAAAAUAUAUCUGCGAUAUUAGGGGAUUUUUUUUAGUGAUACGAAUGCCUUUUUUCAAUAAAAUAAAUUAAUGAUGAAAUAUAAAAA